AUGAUCGCAUCUCUGGGUCAUUGUGAAGAUCUUGAAUGUGCUCGAUCACCAUCAAAUCAAGCUUUAGUUCGAUUGUUUCGUUGUUCAAUUCAUUGUGAUCGUUUAUUAUGUUUAAAUCAUUUAAAUAAACAUAAUGUUUAUUAUGAAGAACAAAAAAAAGAAAAUGAAGCUGUACGUAAUGAACUUGAAAGUAGUUUAGCAUUAUAUCACGCAUUAUUUGAACAACAUUUGACGCUAUACAGAGAUCUUGUUCGCCAAGCAUCAGCAUUAAUAUUCCAAAAUACAACAGCAUUAGUUCCUAUUGAACAAAUACGUCCUGUUUUAGAAAAUAUUCAAAAAGCUAUUGCAUUUUUUCAACAAGAAAGAGUUAUUAUUAAAAGUGAAUCACCAUUAGAUUCAACGGGAUAUGAUAUCGAUAAAGUUGGUUCGUCGCUAGAAAAAGAUUUUCCACUUAUAAAAAAAGAACAAGAUACUCCAGUAAAACUUCGUCCAAUAUUACGAAUUGAACGCGUAGAUUUGAAUAAAGAAAUUCUUUGUGAUCAUAUACUACAUGAUGAAAAUAAAAAUAGAAAUCAAAAACAUCAUGACUCUACACAUAGAAGUUUAAUUGAAGAAAGCCUUGGAAAAUCAAAAGAUUCCACUGAUAAUAUUACUAUUGAUUCAAUCAGUAGUAUCGCUGAUGAAGAUGCAUCCAUGAUAUCGAAAUUAAGAAAAUCAACGGAAGAAAAUCAUCAAUCUCAUACAUCAUCACCUGGUGGACUUAAGAAGAAAAAGAGCGACGGAGUAAAAAAGAAAAGUGAAAAAACAGUUACAGUAAAACGAUUACAAACAUGA